AUGUUCUGUUCUAGUGACUCCCCAGUCUUUUCACCUAAUCUUACUCGCAUCGAUGGCUGGGUCGACCAGCCGAAUACUAGAGGAACACUUGACAUUGUCUGGACAAGCGUCUUUACGAUAUUCAUAUGUACCUUCACGCUCCUCUGCCUCAAUCUUCCAGCAGCCAACGAUACGGCAUGGCAAAUGACAGCUCGCAAGCUUUUCUGGAUGAGCCUUGCUAUUGCAGGACCUGAAUUCGUCCUCACAGCUGCGUGUGGACAAUUAGGCACUGCUCAGGAGUCCAUCAAGGCCUUCACCGAGCUCGGUUAUCCCCAAUGGACCAUCAGACACGGGUUUUUCGCUGACAUGGGAGGUUUCCUCUUCGUUCCACGUGAUAGCACACCUUUUCCUGUCACUUCAAAGCAUCUACACUGGUUGGUCUCACGGAGGUAUCUUUCUUACCCGGAUGUAUCUCCGAAAGAGAUAUGGGACAAAUCCAAGCAGGAUACGGUAGCCAAGCUCAUUUCGUGCUUCCAGAUUGGUUAUCUGAUGGUGCAAACUUUGGGUCGAGCCGGACAACGUCUCGCCAUCACGACCCUGGAGCUAUCUGCAUUGGCUAUAGUCGUAUGUUCAAUUAUGACCAAUAUAUGCUGGUUACGCAAGCCUGCGGGUGUCUUGACCCCAAUCCGCCUCUAUUCGGAGUUGAGCCUGGAGGAGAUCUUGAAGGAUGCUGGCGUUGCUGACCUGCCAUGGAAACAAACCCCGCUGGACUUUGUCGACGAUCUCGGACCAAGUUGGGCGUUGAAUGUACAACCUUUCAUGGGAAUGCCAGUAGGCCCACAUGAGAGACCAAUGCCGAGAUUUGGUAAUGACCGGCUCCCAAAUUUGAACGGUCGCCACGAGACGCUUCUCUGUUUCGCAACACUCGUCUACGCCGCAAUCCACCUAGCAGGCUGGAAUUUCGAAUUUCCCACCCGAACCGAGGGUAUACUCUGGCGAGCAUCCAGCUUGUUCAUCUUUGUCAACACGGCAGUAUUCUGGCUCUGCGAAACUGCAGCAGCCUGGCACCGCAAAGGCCGGUGGCAGAGAUUCUUCUACCGGGUCCUCGAUCCCGAAAGACUGGAGGAGGUGGAAUCUGCUCGACUACAGAAACUCGCCAACCAAGAACCGAAACAGCUGCCGUUAGCUUGGGAGUUUUGGACCAUUACCCCUUUAGCGAUCACAUAUGCUGCUGCCCGGGGUUAUCAGAUCAUCGAGGCGUUUAUGGGGCUACGGUCGUUGGAGCCAAGUGCUUAUCUGAAUGUGGAGUGGUCGAAUUAUAUACCGCACAUUUAG